CAGCGGCCGCCCCAGCCAUGCUGUGCUAUGUGACGAGGCCGGACGCGGUGCUGAUGGAGGUGGAGGUGGAGGCGAAAGCCAACGGCGAGGACUGCCUCAACCAGGUGUGCCGGCGAUUGGGAAUCAUAGAAGUGGACUAUUUUGGACUGCAGUUUACGGGUAGCAAAGGUGAAAGUUUAUGGCUAAAUCUGAGAAACCGGAUCUCCCAGCAGAUGGACGGGCUAGCCCCUUACCGACUCAAACUGAGAGUCAAGUUCUUUGUGGAGCCUCAUCUCAUCCUCCAGGAGCAGACUAGGCACAUCUUUUUCUUGCACAUCAAGGAAUCCCUCUUGGCGGGCCACCUCCAGUGUUCGCCAGAGCAGGCAGUGGAACUCAGCGCCCUCCUGGCCCAGAGCAAGUGUGGGGACUACAACCAGAACACCGCCAAGUACAACUACGAGGAGCUGUGUGCAAAGGAGCUGUCCAGCGCCACCCUGAACAGCAUCGUUGCAAAGCAUAAGGAGUUGGAGGGGACCAGCCAGGCUUCAGCCGAAUACCAAGUUUUGCAGACCGUGUCAGCAAUGGAAAACUACGGCGUCGAAUGGCAUUCCGUGAGGGACAGCGAAGGACAGAAGCUCCUCAUUGGGGUCGGACCAGAAGGAAUCUCCAUUUGUAAAGAAGACUUUAGUCCAAUUAACAGGAUAGCAUACCCCGUGGUGCAGAUGGCCACCCAGUCAGGGAAGAACGUGUACUUGACAGUCACCAAGGAGUCUGGGAACAGCAUCGUGCUCUUGUUUAAAAUGAUCAGCACCAGGGCAGCCAGCGGGCUCUACCGCGCCAUCACGGAGACGCACGCCUUCUACAGGUGCGACACCGUGACCAGCGCUGUCAUGAUGCAGUACAGCCGUGACUUGAAGGGCCACUUGGCAUCUCUGUUUCUGAAUGAAAACAUUAACCUUGGCAAGAAGUACGUCUUCGACAUCAGGAGGACGUCCAAGGAGGUGUACGACCAUGCCCGGAGGGCGCUGUACAACGCCGGCGUCCUGGACCUGGUCUCGCGGGGUGACCAGAGCCCACCGAGCUCGCCUCUGAAGUCCUCCGAGGGCACCAUGAACUGCAGCAGCUGUGAGGGCCUCAGCUGUCAGCAGACCAGGGCGCUGCAGGAGAAGCUCCGCAAGCUGAAGGAGGCCAUGCUGUGCAUGGUGUGCUGCGAGGAGGAGAUCAACUCCACCUUCUGCCCCUGCGGCCACACAGUGUGCUGCGAGAGCUGCGCCACUCAGCUGCAGGUGAGUGGGGGGUGAGCGCUGCACGUCCCAGCUGCAGGUGAGUGGGGGGUGAGCGCUGCACCUCCCAGCUGCAGGUGAGUGGGGGGUGUCCAGCCUGCCCUGACCUGGCAGGCCUGACCCUGGUCUGCAGUUAGAGAGUGGAGCCAGAUGGUGCAGCUGUAAAGCGUGACUGCGAGGCUGACCCACAUGGGAAGCUUCCAGGUUCAUACCCAGAGAUCUCCCUCGGUACAUGGGGCACACGUGUGACCUCGAUCUGGGCCGGCUGAGACUGGGAGCGGAUUGGGGCAUCCAGGCCCCGUUGGGGCUGUCUGUUUCUGUCUCUGCCUCAGAAGUAAGGCAACUUAAAAAGAACAGUUACUGAGUGCCUGCAAGACGGCAGAUGUACCCACCUCCCCACGGAUGGCAGGGAGGGGACCAAUUACAUUUUAAAGUCACCCGCUAUUUUCAACAAUAUAAGUAUGCUAAGUUACAGAGUUUUUCAACUUCUGGAGACAAGGCUCAGGGCUGUAAGAUAAUAACCUGUUUGGUAGCUGAGCCGGCUCAGGGCUCCCUCUCUCACUUUCUGUUGCUGCCUGUUUUCUGAACAUAGAAGGGGUUCGACAUAUUUGGGGUUUUAGAUUUUUGGGGUUAUAGGUAACUCACAGUUAUCCACAAGUGGGUUGUUUACUCUGCUGGUGAAUCUGUGGUUAAUUUCCUUGUAUUACCACAUAUGCCUCUAAGCUGUUACCUAUUAGAACAUCAAACUAAUUUUAAUAUUAACACAAAAAGUAAGCCAGAAGUGGCUCAGACAGAGCCUUUUUCAUUUUUUGCACCUUAUACAUCGCCCUACGAUAGCUUUUCCAGCUUGGUCCACUGUCUGGGUGGUAGUGGUAAAACUAGCCUGAUGUCCAGCAUCCAGUCCUCCGGAGCUGCUGGCUUCAGAGCUGUGGUUAGGGCUCGAGGCUGAGUCGGAGUGACAGCCAUGUCCUUCCUGCGUGUAGACUCUGCAGCGAAUGAGUUACUCGCCAGGAGCGGCUGUGGUUUCUUUUUCCGCACACAUGUUCUGACCCUCGUGCCCCAGUCCCUUUGGAUUAAUGGCCAGCCAGGAGUGGAGAGCCCUGCUCCCGGCCUGUCAGUAAGCCAGGGCCCGGUUUCUGAAGGGGUCUCUGUGUUACUGCCCGACGUGUCUUCAGUAUCUGCCUCGCUGGGGACUGCAGCCUCCAUGGUCACAGCACUCUCUGCACCUCGUCUAAAAUGCCUCCAAAAACUUAAUUUUAUUUAGUUUUAGUUUUUAUCUUUUAGCACCAGAGGGUACGUACACUUACCGAAGAGAGAGAGAGAGAGAACCCCUUCAAUGGGGCGUGGUCAUGCCGUAAUCCUGCCUCCACUUCUCCGUUCCGUCAGGAUCCUGGACACACACACACACACACACACACACACACACCCUUGGCAUUUUUUCAAGCCACAAGGACCAAUAUUCAAACCUUAGCCGGCCAUGUGGGAUCCGGCUCUCUAGCCAUGCCACUUCAUCGCUGCCCUCCAGGACUGGUGUUUCUUCAGUCUACAUUUUCAUUUUCGUAAUCCCUUUUAGCCCCUUGCAAAGUUUAAACUUUCAAACCCACUAGAAAGCAAAGACUCUUCCUAUUGAAAGCUUAGACAUCAUUGGGAUCACAUUGGAUUUUACAGAACUGGAUGCACUGGGUACCGAGACACGGGGUCCCGAGGGUUCUAACAGACACCAUUGGCUUCUCUUUUCUAGUCGUGUCCUGUCUGCAGGUCCCACGUGGAGCACGUGCAGCACGUCUACCUGCCCACCCACACCAGUCUCCUCAACCUGGCUGUCAUCUAAGCCAUCAGGAGUAGGUUGGACUUGCCAUGUGUCCAUGGGCUGCGCUGUUAGAAACCGUAGGAACAGUAGACUAUGGAGAAAGCGAGCCACUCCAACACCCAUCUGCCAUACGAUGUCAACAAAAGAAAGGAAGGAAAACAAGAGUACUGCCACUCCUCACUGCAAAAACACAUCCACGCACAGAUCCAGCGGUCCCAGGGCGGGCGCCAGGAGCACUCUGGUACACAGUCAUAUUCCUCGGACUUUUAUUUCUUGGUGGUCAAAGUCAACAAAUAGGGAAAAUCUUCUUCGAUGUCAGUUAAGUGGCAAACACAGCCAAAAAGUGGGUCCCUCUUAGGAAGCGAGGCUGAAAAUCUCCUUAAUGUAUCCCGAGGUAAGUUUCCUACCCACAGCAGAUUUUGUAAGAAUCGGUUUUCAGAAUUUACCUGGUUCUUUUUUGUAUGGUCACGGAGCUCUGAACAUUUUUAAUAGGAACUUUUUUUCUUAAGGAAAUAAUCGUCGUCUUAACGUCAUUUCUGUUUUUAUAACGUGUUCAAGAGCGAUUGGGAAGCCCACACAUUUGAAGAUCAACUCUGUGACUUUUGAAAAGUUGACAGCGACGUGCGACAGAAACCAGCCUGGCCCAGCGGAGUGCAGACCACCAGUGUGGUGGCCCCUGUUCCUUUUUCCGCCCAUCUCCUGCUCCCGACAUCUCUUGACUAUAGGAUGCUGUCAGAUUUGGUUGUCAGACCUACGUGGAGUUGUCAAGCAUGCCUUAGGCCUCUGGAGUUGGUGGGAUAUUCGGUUUGAAGAGUGAAAAGGGGGAGUGAUUUCCUGGGGAGGGGAAAGCACGGCUCGCUAAGAGACGGUGCCCCUUGGCCUCUAGACAAGAGUCAUUGUCACCGUCUCCUGCACACGCGACUCCAGCCUCACCCACUGGAGUGGCCAUGCCAACUCGGAAGCCUUUCUCAGCCUUACAGUGUCUAAACCUCACGUCCCCUCCCGUGUUUGUCUCUGGAGCUGGGAGCUGACGUGUGGGUGUGUGCAUUUUAAGUAACUGCUGACAUAUUAACUUUCGGUUUUCCCCUCUGCCUCAAAGGGGCGCUGGUUCCUCUUUUCAUUUCUGUAUCCUCAAACACGUUUUCCACUCCCACUGGGGCAUUUUGGAAGCUGGGCCGCUAGCGGGUUUUCUGGGAUGUUGGGAACCUCGGCGACCUUAUCGGGUGCAAUACUAGCUCAGUUGAGGCUAGAAACCUACACUGUCACUUUACUGAGAUCUCUGCGUAUACUUUUCAUAUUGCCUUAAUGUAGCAGUAAUGUGUUUAUGCAUUUGUUUCUUUGCACAGACAUUUUGUCAAAUAUUAAAACUCUACUUUUUUAUGCACAUAUUAGCAUAUAAGCCUUUAUUCAAGAGGUAUUUAUUUUUUCACUUGUAAAAAAAAAUAAUGUUUCCACAUAAAAGAACUCUGUUAUAUCCUAGAGGACUUCUGUCUUUUAUAUUCAGGAUAAUAAAGACUUUAAAGCAAA